AUUUGUGAACUGUUCUUUCUUUUCCACCUUGCAUCAAUAAUUCAAAGCUCAGUGAAUGAAAUUCACAGUAUACAAUCAUCCACCUGGUCCCCCUUCUUAACUCUCAGAGCGCAGAUAUUUUUCUCACAAGUCACAACACAACGACGUGGCUGUCGGGUGACGUUAAUCCUUAAAGACCAAAAGUGCUCCAGUUGCGGAAAAUAUCUCAACCAGAAGAAGAAUGGCGGAAAGGAGGCCGAACAGGAGCGACGUUCAUCUUUCAGAGAAAGAAGAGAUGAGAAUCGAGGAUGAAACGAGGGGUUACUUCGAUGGAUUGGCUCCGAAACGCCACUCCAAGCCCCAGCGCAGUGAGUAUUCUUCUCAAUACGCAGACACCAUUGGUAACACCUCCGAUGUCAUUCCCGAAUUCGUCAAAUUUCAGCAGCUCGAGAACGAUCCCCAGAAAUUGGUUUACAAGGGGAAUGAUGCGACAGAGGAAUAUGUGGAGACGGAAUACUACAAAGAUCUCAACUGCGUGGACAAGCAACACCACACGACUGGGACGGGAUUCAUUGGGACAGAGAACAUCAAUGGAGGAAGUUGCUUUAAGAUAGCACCAGACACUACCUGCUCUGCUUGCCACUCUUCUAGCAGGGGAAACCCAGCAACCAACGAUUGGAUCCCUGCUACUGGCGAUAAGGUGACUGUGAGGUCGGAUAAGCCUACCAGGAGCGAUACAUGAAGGGACCUUCUCUGUACUGAGGACAAGGAUGCUUAUGAUUUCAUUGAAAUCCAUUAUGUUUCUAAACUUAGUCGUGUAUUAAAAUUCAAACGAGCCUUCUGAUGGUUAGCUCUGUUAUGAUUUUUAGAUUUAAAUUUAGAGGUACAAUGUGGUGUAAUGUAUGUCCCUUUCUGUAGUUUUGUUGUUGCUGGUGAAACAAGGGUAUUCGAGGAGUUGAUUCAUGUUA